AUGGAAAUGGAACUUGGCUUCUUUCAACUUUCAGAGGAAUCAAAUACUCCGCUCGACGACAAGUUCUUGGCUGCUGUUGAAAUUGUACAAAAUAUGCCUAAAGAGGGUAUGUCUCGUCAAAGUUUAUGUCUGAAUGCAUGGAAAAAUCUCGGAGACAUGGAUCGUAAUGAAGCGAAAGCUACAUACAUAAGCAAGAUAAUAGCGAAAAUCAUGUCUACCAACAAAGAGCACAACACAAAGGGAUGGACGCAAGAUGAGCUUUUUGACAAGCUGCUACCUAAAUUUGCCAUGUUGGGACUAUAUCCGACAAAUAUAAAAUCAAAAAGCAGAAGUGAAACAUUAAUGGAGGAGCAAAUUCACGAUCCCAUAAAACCACAGGAAGUGAAUGGCGACGAAGAUCACAGUCACAGCGAUACGCGCUCGCAUUCCUCAUCACCAUUUCCCACUUCAGACAUGGAUUAUAUGGAUUGUUGUGAAGAUGGGAGACAUUUGCACGUAUCCCACACGUUGGAAUCAUACGAUGAAGUUGAGCCUCCUCUGUCAGAAAUUAAGAGUGAAAAUGCUGUUAUAAAAUACAUAAAUAAAAUUGAAAAUGAACUGAAGGUACUUUUUGAUGGCCUUGAUGUUCGUCGAUGA